CGGAACCAAAGCCCGGCUCAUCCCCACCCUGCUCAUCCCAGGGGAGGGAGAACCAUCCCGGGCCGGCCGGGGUCGGCGGGGACUCGGGGGCUGAGCGGAGCCGGGUGGUUUGAAAAUGAAUUUGGCUGUGCUUUGGGAGGCUUUGGGCGGCUGUGCCGCUGUGUGGCGGCAGCAAACAGGGAUGGAAACAGCCGGGGGCGAGUCUUUAUCAUCCCAGAAAAAUCCAGCGGGAGCGCUGGGUGCUGCUGGGCAAAGGAAACGCUGCGCAGGAAAGGCCGGGCGGCUGAGGCAGCGCUGCCACAGCUCGUGGGGAGGUGCAGGGUGUUAUUUGGAGUACGAGGCCAUGGAGGAUUUCCAGGAUGUGCUCCCUUCAUAAGCACUGCAAGGCUCGGUGGCCAGGAAGAGCUCGGCGAAUUUAAUCCUGCUGAAGAAAACACCGCUCCCUUUCCUGACACGGCUUCUCCCCGAGCAGAGCGAAAUUUCCCGCAGGAAUUUCUCUUCUGGGAGGGGGUCGCUGAGCUGAGCCCCCUCCCCGGCACUGAGGCAAGUUCUCCGGGCAGCGUUUGUUCGGAGGUCAGAAAGGCUGAACUGGGCUCGUUCAGCUCGGGGCUGUUGCGGUUCAGAGCAGAAGUUCAAAGGGUGAACUCUUCCCUGGCAGCCCCAGAAAGUCGCAGCUUCCCGGGAGGGUUCAGGGUUGGCACAGCCCGGUGCCAGGUGCUGCCCCAGCCGGGGGGCAAAGGGAGGGAAAUGGAGCAGCAAAGAGCCUGUUUGGGCUUUUUUUUUCUGCAUCUGUGCCCCUUGGAUUCAGGCAGGAAUGAGUUACAGCCUGACUUUGAUGAGGAAAUUACAGAGGUUUUUAAAACAAACAGUCCCAUCCCCACCUCCUCCGCAGCACCAGGAGGCCCUCAACAUCUGGUGCUCUUCUUCCUCGUCGCGGCCUUCUUCUUCUUCUCCCAUCCCUACCCCGAGAAGUGGUUCCCUGGGAAGUGCCACUUCUUUGGGCAGAGCCACCAGAUCUUCCACGUGUUCCUGGUGCUCUGCACGCUGGCGCAGAUCGAGGCCGUGGUGCUGGACUAUGAGUCCAGGAGGGAGAUCUACUCCUCCCUGCAGCAGGACCUGGCUUACGACUUCUCUGCCCUGUUCCUGGCCACUGUCACCUGCUCUGUCCUCACAGCCACCUACAUGGCCCAAAGGGUGAAGAACAAGCUGGGCCUCAAGGAAGAGUAAAGAAGGACUGAGCUCAACCCAAAUCCAGCCCCAAGCCUCCAACUGCUGCUUCAUGAACUGUUACUCAGCAAGUGCUUUCGGUAGGAAUGAAAGAGAUGCUUUUAAUGCUUUUUAAAUCCAGCCUAAGUUACAGCUUGCUCAUAGAAUGGUACACAGGUUUAAUUCACAUGUGAAUAAAUAGUUGGAACAAA